AUGAGUGCAAGCAAUGAAGAACCUGAAACAAUCUCACUUUAUGAUAUGGUGGAUGAUGAGUCAGAAAUAAACGAAGAUCAAAAUGAUGUAGACUUGUCAUUAAAUGAUUCAAAUCAACCUUUUGCAUGCAAUAGGCAUUUGGAACCAUGUCUCAAUAUGGUAUUUGAUAAGCUUGAGGAUGCGAAAGCAUGUUAUAAUGCAUAUGCAAGGCGAAAGGGGUUUGGCAUACGAGUAAAUCAUACUCGAAAGACUAAAAAUGAUAGAAUAUUGGUUGGUAUUGAAUAUGUUUGUUCAAAGGAAGGGUUUCGUCGUAGACGUGAUGAAGACAUAGAAAGAAUAGGUCUAGAGCGUGCAGAAACAAGAGUAGGAUGCAAAGCAAUGAUAGGUUUAAAGAAAAUUGAAGAUACAUGGGUUGUGUGUAAGUUUGUGGAGGAUCAUAAUCAUGAGCUUCUUACUCCUAAGAGUACAAGCAUGCUUCGUGGGCAUAGAGCGAUAACAAAUGCCCAAAGGAAUCUUAUAGAUACACUCAAUGAGACAGGUAUACCUCCAAGCAAGAUAAUGUCUGUGUUAAGUAAAGAAUCUGGUGGUGAUUAUAAUGUUGGAUGUAUUCCGGUUGAUAUUCAAAAUUAUUUGGGUAAUAAAAGAAGAAAGUUGCUUCAAGAUGGAGAUGCCCAGGGAAUGUAUAAAUAUUUUAUUGAGCAACAAUGUAAAAAUCCAGGUUUUGUUUAUGCAGUUGAAGUUGAUGAAAAUGGGUGCAUGGGUAAUUGCUUUUGGGCAGAUGCUAGGUCAAGAAUUGCAUACCAAUAUUUUGGAGAUGUUGUUACUUUUGAUGCUACAUACCAAACAAAUACUUAUAAGAUGCCUUUUGUUCCUUUCACAGGAGUUAACCACCAUCAUCAAUCGGUGAUGUUUGGAUGUGCUUUGCUUGUGAAUGAAACAACUGAAUCUUAUACAUGGUUGUUGAAGACUUGGCUUAAUGCAAUGCUUGGAAAUCCUCCUUCUACAAUUAUCACAGAUGAUGACAAGGCUAUGGCUAAGGCAAUUGCAAAUGUAUUACCUAAUGUAACUCAUAGAUUGUGUAUGUGGCAUAUUUUACAGAAAGUUCCAGAUCAGUUGUCUCAUAUAUAUAAUAAAUAUCCAUAUUUUCAAGGAGAAUUUCACCAUUGCAUCCAUGAUACACUCACCAUUGAAGAGUUUGAGUUAGGAUGGAGUAAGAUUAUGGAGAACUAUGGAUUGGGGGAUAACGAUUGGUUGGGAAAUCUCUACAUGCGGCGUGAAAAAUGGGUUCCCGCUUACUUACGAAGGAAAUUUUGUGCUGGGAUGUCUACAACUCAAAGGAGUGAAAGCAUGAAUAAAUUUUUUAAAGAUUAUGUUCGUUCAAGUACAACGAUAAGUGACUUUGUGUAUCAAUAUGAGCAAGCUUUGAAUGCACGUUAUCUUAAAGAGAAAGAACAGGAUGUAAAGACAAAAAAUUCAGUGCCAAUUUUGAAAACAUGUUAUAAGAUAGAAGUAGAGGCGGCAAAAGUUUAUACAAGAAAGAUGUUUAUGAAAUUUCAAGAAGAGUUAUUUUGUAGUCAAAAAUACAAGGCAUCCAAAUAUUGUGAAGAAGGAGUGAAGAAGAUAUAUAAGGUGGUAGCUCACGGGAAAGAAAGUCCAUUUUAUGAAGUGUCACUGGAUACUGUUGAGACAAAAGCUAUUUGUACAUGCCAUAUGUUUGAGUUUGUUGGAAUUAUUUGUAGGCAUAUUCUUGCUGUUUUUGUGAAGAAAUCUCUUGUGCACUUUUUUCCAUCACAUUAUAUUUUAGAGAGAUGGACAAUAAAUGCCAAGAAGCGCAUUGUACAUGAAAUAUCUGGAGAUGUCGUACAGGUUGAGCCACAAAUUUCUUCUACCUUGAUGAGAAAUAGUUUGAUGCUUCAAUUUUUGGAAGUUGCAGAGGCAGCAUCACAGUCAGAGAAGAAAUACAAGCAUCUUGGACAAACUUUACAAAAGGUUCAUGAGGAGCUUCUAGGCAUGCAAGAUGUUUGUGAUGUUGAUGAUUCAGGAAGUCCUGAUAAUACUACAUUAAACAAUCAAGUAUUAUCAAAUCUUCCAAUUGCUUUGCGAGACCCUCCACAUGUUCCUUCAAAGGGAAGGCCUAAAGCUUUGAGACAAAAGCAUCCAAGAGAAAAACAAUUGACGAAGAAGAGAAAGUGUAGCAUUUGCAAAGAAACGGGUCAUAUGAGAAGCAAUUGUCCGUCACAUAAGCAUUCCAGGGAAGUUGCAAAUACAAGCUUGACACCACACUGGGAGUUAAUGCAUCAACAAAGUCAAACUGAGGAAUCUUCGAUAGCAAGGUUGAACCCAUCAGUCAUAGCAAAUACAUUGCACUCCACAAGUUUUGUACAGGAUUCUUUGCCAGCUGCAACGUAUCCUUCUACAUCAUCAUCAUCUACUAUGCAUAUACAUCCUAACCAGUCAUCAUUUACGGAUCUAUUACAACAAUUCCAAGAAAGCUGA